AAAUUCGAGGCAGCGGCAGCAGCUGAUCGCUCGUGUAGCCGUGGACGCGUUUCUUCCCUCCUCCGCGUGGAAGUUUGGCCCGUUUGGGGACCGCGAAUGCCGCCGGCCGCUUUGGCUUGCUAGUUUCGCUUCCGCAGCCCAGCGCUUGCGCCAUGGCCGAGAAGUUGCAGCCGCGCACUUUGCGGCUCUCGCCUCCCGGCUUGGGCUUAGCCGAGGGGCGCGGGGAGCGAGGGGCCGUCAGGAUGUUGGGGGACAUGGAUGAAGAAGACGACGCCUUCCAGCUUCCGACGGGAGGGACCAGGCUGGCCUCUCUCUUUGGACAGGAUCAGACAACUACAGAAUCUGGAAAUGUGCUCUUCCAAUACAUGUCACCCAAGCAGCCUAAAAAAGGUCAACUAGCUACUGCUGCAGGUCUGUCUACCCAGAAGCAUCCUCCUGCAGCUGCAGCUGCUCCUGCGGCCGCUGCUGCUCCUGCGCCCACUGCAGCAGUGCAGUCAGUCUUCUUCACUACAGUUGUUCAUGCAUAUUUGUUUACCAAUGGGAAAUAUGUGGAACAUGGCAAGUAUGGAGCAGCUGUAGUGGGCAGCAAUGCAACCAAGGAGUACAAAGUGCGUCUUUAUAUCAGCCAGCUGCAGCAGAUUGCGACCGCCAGCAUCCAUGCCUGGUUUGUAUUCACGGUGCAUCCCAACAACUACUGCACAUUUUAUGAUGAUCAGAGGCAGAAUUGGUCCAUCAUGUUUGAAUCAGAAAUGGCGGCUGUGGACUUCAGCAAGCAGCUGUGCAUUGCCAAGUAUAACAGCAUCCGUUCUCCUGACACAGUGUUGUAUCAGGAUCUUGUUCUCGGAGACGGCCAAGGUGUGGAGACUGGAGAUGCCCUGGAGAUCACUUUUACAGGCUGGCUGUUCCAGAACGGUAGUCUUGGGCAGGUUUUUGACUCAAAUGUAAAUAAAGAGAAGUUGCUCCGGCUGAAGCUAGGCUCUGGCAAAGUCAUCAAGGGCUGGGAAGAUGGGAUGAUUGGCAUGAAGAGAGGAGGGAGGCGGUUCCUCCUUGUCCCGCCAGCAUUGGCUUACGGGCCUUUGGCAGAAGCUGAACGCAUUCCUCCGGACUCAACUCUGGCCUUUGAGGUGGAAGUCAAACGGGUGAGGUUUGCAAAGGGCGCUGGCUCCGCUGGACAAAGCCUGGGCUCCAGGUACUCCCUCACACCUUCACCAGCGCCACAAUCAGAAAGCCCCGCUACAGACCCAGCCUGGCUGACUCCUCCUACACCUGCUCCAAAGCCAGGGGAGCCAGCUGUGCGUGCCAAAUCAAGCUCUAUUAGCGGACAGCUAGCGGAGCCGCAUGCCAUUCAAGAAUUUUCAAUCUUCUGUCCGAACGACUACUGUCCAAUGGCCCCUUCUCAGUGGGCAACACAAGGUAAAAAGUGUGUUCCCUUGUUGUGCCUUGGUGAUGGUCACCAACUUGGGUGGCCUCAAAAGAGGGUUAGGCAAGUUCAUGGAGGAGAGGGCUGUCAGUGGCUGGAAACCGCAGGAGGGGAGAGGGCUCUUGCGCUCAGGUGCUGUUUGCAGGCUUCCCAUGGGGGCACCAGCAUCUUAAAAAGCAGAGACAUCACCUUACCAACAAAGGUCUGUAUAGUUAAAGCCAUGGUUUUCCCAGUAGUGAUGUAUGGAAGUGAGAGCGGAACCAUCAAGAAGGCUGAUCGCCGAAGAAUUGAUGCUUUUGAAUUAUGGUGCUGGAGGAGACUCUUGAGAGUCCCAUGGACUGCAAGAAGAUCAAACCUAUCCAUUCUUAAGGAAAUCAGCCCUGAGUGCUCACUGGAAGGACAGAUCGUGAAGUUGAGGCUCCAGUACUUUGGCCACCUCAGGAGAAGAGAAGACUCCCUGGAAAAGACCCUGAUGUUGGGAAAGAUGGAGGGCACAAGGAGAGAGGGACGACAGAGGACGAGAUGGUUGGACAGUGUUCUCGAAGCUGCAAACAUGAGCCUGACCAAACUGCGGGAGGCGGUGGAAGACAGGAGUGCCUGGCGUGCUCUGGUCCAUGGAGUCACGAAGAGUAUAGGCAACGCUGAUGCCUCUGCUUUCUUCCUAGCUCCUCAUCCAGCUAUCUGGGGGCUCCAGGUGCCUGGUGCCCCCCAGCCACACCCACCGCUUCCAAGAACCCCUCAAAACUGUCAGCCUUAUGCAGGGAUGCCAUAUGCUUACCCACAAGUGAGUGCCGCAGUUUCCCAGCUCCAGCCUGUUGGGUUGUGCCCAGCUCCUUUCCAAGCAGCUGGAGACCUUGGUUCAUUCCUGCUGACAGAGACCUGGCAGCAGAACACAGAGAUCCACCUGGCCAUUGGGAAGGUGGCUGACAAGAUGGACCAGCUGUCAGUCAAGCUGGAGGAACUGCGGAAGCAAAACUCUGGCCCCGGUUUGCUGCCAGGCAUCUCUUCUGUUACCAUGGAAACCUCUAUGAUCAUGAGUAACAUCCAGCGUAUCCUGCAGGAAAAUGAGAGGUUGAAACAGGAGAUCGUUGAGAAGAGAAGCUGCAUUGAGGAGCAGAACAAUAAGAUUGGUGAACUGAUUGACCGCAACCAACGCUAUGUGGAGCAGAGCAACCUGAUAUUUGAGCAGAGCAACAGCUCACUGCAGAGGACCAUGAAGCACACCCAGGCAAGGGUUCUACAUGCUGAACAGGAGAAGGUCAGCAUCAGCAAGAAGCUAGCGGAAGCCACGGCGCAGAUCACCCAGCUCCAGCUGGAGCUGGCCUGUCAUCAGAAGCAGGAGAUGAAUCUUCAUUCCCAACUGAAUGAAGCCCUGACAGAGUUGGAGAGGCAGAAAGCCCAGGUCAGCCGACUCCGUGCACAGCUGGCGGAACUUGAGAAGUUGUCUGACGACAUGAAAAGCAGACACCAGGAGGAGAAGCUGAGUGGGAAGAAGUUGGAUGAGAAGGUGGUAGCCCUGGAAGAGGAGCUGGCUGAUCUCUGCGUUAAGAAGGAGAAUCUGGAGAAGACAACAACUCUGCAGCUGCUGGAGAGUCAGGAGGAGCAAAGGGGGAGCAGCAGCACCGAGGAGGAAGGACCUGCCGAAAGGAAGCAGCCAAGUGCCGCACCCCUUUAUGGGGAUCCCCACAGCAACUCUCUCCGAGAACCAGCACCAGUGGCAUCCCCCGCUCCUUUGGCUAAUCUCAAGGAAAGCUCAAGCAGUCCUCCAUCCACUGCUCUCGAAGGAGCCCAAGACAGUCUGCUUUUUGCAGCUCCUGAGGAUCAUUCUUUGGAAGCCCCGGUUGAACAAACUCGUGCAGCCUCUCCCAGCGCUUGCGCCAUGGCCGAGAAGUUGCAGCCGCGCACUUUGCGGCUCUCGCCUCCCGGCUUGGGCUUAGCCGAGGGGCGCGGGGAGCGAGGGGCCGUCAGGAUGUUGGGGGACAUGGAUGAAGAAGACGACGCCUUCCAGCUUCCGACGGGAGGGACCAGGCUGGCCUCUCUCUUUGGACAGGAUCAGACAACUACAGAAUCUGGAAAUGUGCUCUUCCAAUACAUGCCACCCAAGCAGCCUAAACUAGCUACCGCUGCAGGUCUGUCUACCCAGAAGCAUCCUCCUGCAGCUGCUGCUGCUGCACCCGCUGCUCCUCCUGUGCCCACUGCAGCAGUGCAGUCAGUUUUCUUCGCUACAGUUGUUCAUGCAUAUUUGUUUACCAAUGGGAAAUAUGUGAAACAGGGCAAGUAUGGAGCAGCUGUAGUGGGCAGCAAUGAAACCAAGGAGUACAAAGUGCUUCUUUACAUCAGCAAGCAGCAGAUUGCGACCGCCAGCAUCCAUGCUUGCUUUGUAUUCACGGUGCAUCCCAACAACUACUGCACAUUUUAUGAUGAUCAGAGGCAGAUUUGGUCCAUCACGUUUGAAUCAGAAAUGGCGGCUAUGGACUUUAGCAAGCAGCUGUGCAUUGCCAAGUAUAACAGCAGCCGUUCUCAUGACUCAGUGCUGUGCCAGGAUCUUGUUCUCGGAGACAGCCAAGGUGUGGCGACUGGAGAUGUCCUGGAGAUCACUUUUACAGGCUGGCUGUUCCAGAACGGUAGUCUUGGGCAGGUUUUCGCCUCGAAUGUAAAUAAAGAGAAGUUGCUCCGGCUGAAGCUAGGCUCUGGCAAAGUCAUCAAGGCCUGGGAAGAUGGAAUGAUUGGCAUGAAGAGAGGAGGGAGGCGGUUCUUGCUCAUCCCGCCAGCAUUGGCUUACAGGCCUUUGGCAGAAGCUGAACGCAUUCCUCCAGACUCAACUCUGGCCUUUGAGGUGGAAGUCAAACGGGUGUGGUUUGCAAAGGGAACUGACUCCGCUGGACAAAGCCUGGGCCCCAGGGACUCCCUCACACCUUCACCAGCGCCACAAUCAGAAAGCCCCGCUACAGACCCAGCCUGGCUGACUCCUCCUACACCUGCUCCAAAGCCAGGCUAUGUGGAGCAGAGCAACCUGAUAUUUGAGCAGAGCAACAGCUCACUGCAGAGGACCAUGAAGCACACCCAGGCAAGGGUCCUACAUGCUGAACAGGAGAAGCACAUGCCGCCACUGGAUCAGGGGUGGGACCAGGUCAGGGUCACCAAGGAGCUAGCGGAAGCCACGGCGCAGAUCACCCAUCUCCAGCUGGAGCUGACCCGUCAUCAGAAGCAGGAGAUAGAUCUCCAUUCCCAACUGAAUGAAGCCCUGACAGAGUCGGGGAGGCAGAAAGCCCUGGUCAACCAACUGCAGGCACAGCUGGCGGAACAUGAGAAUUUGUCUGACUUGAAACACAGAUACCAGGAGGUGAACCUGAUUGCGAUGCAGUUGGAGGAGAAGGUGGCAGGCCUGGACGUAGAGCUGGCUUAUCACCGCAUUCAGAUCGAGAAUCUGGAUAAGAAGCUCAUGAACGAGGUCUUCCAGUCCCUGCGGGGCCAGUUCAACUUAGAGGAGUCCUAUACCGGCCAGGAGGUCCUGCGUAUCGUCCUGAACGCCAUCAAGACAACAACUCUGCAGCUGCUGGAGAGUCAGGAGGAGCAAAGGGGGAGCAGCAGCACCGAGGAGGAAGGACCUGCCGAAAGGAAGCAGCCAAGUGCCGCACCCCUUUAUGGGGAUCCCCACAGCAACUCUCUCCGAGAACCAGCACCAGUGGCAUCCCCCGCUCCUUUGGCUAAUCUCAAGGAAAGCUCAAGCAGUCCUCCAUCCACUGCUCUCGAAGGAGCCCAAGGCAGACUGCUUUUUGCAGCUCCUGAGGCGCAUUCUUUGGAAGCCCCGGUUGAACAAACUCGUGCAGCCUCUGCUCAAACUGCAAGGCCGCCUCUCAGGCUCUCCGCCAGAACUGAGAAGGAGAGGCCAAGCACUCAGGGUGAAAUGGACACAAAAGACACCGCCAUUCUGGCACCUCCAAAUCCAGCAGCGGAUGAGAUGGCCCCUGCAAUGGAAGGGCCCACAACGGGUCCAGAGGGCAAGGAGGAGAGUGGGGCAAGUCAGCACACCACUGGCCCCACCUCUCAAGCUGCUCUAGCCGACAAGCAGCAGGACUUGGCUGGAGCCUCACAGCCAAGACCAGCAUCCAGCCCCAUGGAAGCGGAUUCCAGGUCUGUGCCAGGGCGGGAGGGGGAAGGGAACUGUACCUAUGAUGGGUCUUAUGGUACUCAGUGCCUUGUGUUCUGAUCUGGAUGGAGAUGGGGUUUUUCUGUGAGCCUCCCCAGAUUGCUCAUUUGGGCUGAGGUCGUCUUGACUCGUGGUUUUUGAGGCUGCUGGCAGGAAGAGGGGUGACACACUCUAUCUCUCUCUCGGUAGCAAAUGUCAAUUUGGGACUUUGUCUCGCUUCAAAGAACGGACUAUUUAAUUCAUGACUGCUGAACACACCUGUACCCUACACGCUUUUGACCCAGCUGCUGCUGGGAGUAGCGGUGGGUAUGACCUUGAACAGCUCCUCUCUGUGGAAACCAAACUUAACCUAUUGCCAUAGCUCACCUCCAGUUUUGAACCUUGACAAAACUGGAUCUUGAAAAUAAUAAUAAAGUGCAAUUAAAAUAAA